AUGAAAUACUACCAAAUACUUUUAAUAGCGUUGUUCUGCAACUUAAUAGACUUUAACAUAGCUGCUUCACUUAAUAAUGAAGACAUAUUCAGGGAUUUCAUGAAAAAGUACAAUAAAAUCUACGAUACUGCUGAGGAAUUCAAAAGGAGACUUGAGAUAUUUAUUGAGAAUUUAAAAUUGAUAACUGAACACAAUUUGAAUUUCACUCAAGGAAUUUCGACCUUUGAAUUAGAAACCAAUGAAUAUGCUGAUUGGUCUGCGAAGGAAUUUCAAGGAUUUAUGAAUGGUCAUUUAGAGUACACUAGUAGAGAUAUUGAACGCGGCUUUCUCUAUAAUCCACCGUUAAACAAGAAUCUGCCUUUGAGUAUUGACUGGCGUGAAUUAGGCGCUGUAACACCAGUCAAGAAACAAAAUAAAUGUGGUUCCUGUUGGGCAUUUGCAGCAACUGGUGCUCUAGAGUCACAUAAUUUUCUCAAAACUGGCAAUCUUGUCGAAUUUUCGGAACAAAACUUAAUAGACUGUGUUGUACCGACUGAAUAUAUUGGUAACGGAUGUCAUGGCGGUAAUAAGGAACAAGCUUUUCUUUACGUACAAAAUAAUGGUGGUAUUAACACAGAACAGACGUAUCCAUAUUUAGCUAUGCAACAGGAUCAUUGUGCUUACAAUGCAGACAUGUUGGGUGGAACUUGUCAGGGUUAUAUACGCAUUGAACAAGGAAAUGAGGAGGCUAUUGGUAUAGCAGUAGCCACUGUUGGUCCAGUCACUGUUGCAAUAAAUACCAAAUGUUUUAAAUUUCAAUUUUAUAAACGUGGCGUAUUUAGAGAUGAUUUAUGCGAUCCAAAGAGUUUGAAUCAUGGAAUGUUGAUUGUAGGAUAUGGUAGAGAUAAUACAACUGAAGAAGACUAUUGGAUUGUGAAAAACUCAUGGGGAAAACAAUGGGGUAUGAAUGGAUAUAUAAAUUUCCCACGACAUGAAAAUUAUGCAGGACUUACUACGCGUGCUAGUUUUCCAAUUGUUUGA